GCCGCCAAUUUAACUGAAGGGGAAUUCCAGUGCACUCAGGCGAAGAAAUAACAGUCUAUUUUCGUUUUAGAAAAGAUUGCAACACACAAGAUAUUAACGAUCUGAGUCAUGCGAGAACAGUCUGAGAUCGUCGAGAAUUUGGUACCCAUUGAAAAAUAGCAAAGCAUUGCAUGAUAGCCAUUUUGUAAAUGGACGACACGGCACAUGAGCAAUGUUAAGCAGUUUGCUGCCUUUAUUUGAAACCGUCACAUAACAGGACCUGCUUCGUUGCUGAUAUAACGGAUUACCUGAAUUUACACGAUAAAAGAGGUUAGAUUCAGAAAUGGCAAUAUUCAGUAAAUUGUACAAUGCACUGAGAGCAGAGAUUCGGUCUAGUGGUCUGUCUGGAGAAACGGAGCUGGACGUGAGAUGUAUAUGUUGCUCGCGAAAAGAACCACUUCUCCGUUUUACCGACCUCCAAAGAGGAGAUCAUAUAUGUAUUGGUGGUCAGUACUUCGCGUUUAACAUUGGAGACCGCCAGGUCUCCGCGUACACACAUCAUGCGAUUGUUAAGGCUGUUGAUGUUCUUACCCCAGCUACAGCUCGUGUGACACGAAUUCACUUUUACACAACACCGUACGACCUGUCAAUUCGAAUACAAGAAACAAUUGAUCUUCUUGACUUACAUUAUCACGAAAUAAACAUUAUUCGAUACAGGCACCCAACGCACAAACCUGAAACUAUUAUUAAAAGGGCUGAAGGACUGAUAGAACAAAACAAACAUGCAAAAUACUCAGUAUUGUCUUGUAAUUGUGAACACUUUUGUAACUGGUGCUGUGUUGGAAGUGAAGAUAGCUAUCAAGCUGAUAACGCCAGGGAAGUAUUGAGAGCAAUUUUAGCAGGAACAGUAAAUAUAGGUGGCAAGAUUUUAAAGGUUGUUUGUAAACUGCUUUUGUUAUCAGUUGAAGAUUUAUCAAAGGUAGCAGUUGGUGCUCUUGUUGCUGUACCAUGGGGUGUUCUUGCAGUAAUGGCGAUAUUGUAUCUUAUUUACACGAUUUACCGCCAUCAUAAGUUAGAUACAGAUUUAAAGGCUGGUAAAAUUUGUUCCGCUUGCUGUCUGCACAGAAAGCAUGAGUUGUGGAUUCAGUUUGGGGCAUAUUGUGCACUUCAAGCAGGUGGACUUGGUUUGUUAUCAAUGAUCAUUGCUGCUGGAGCUACUGGGGGCAUUGUGGCUGGAGCUUUGAUCGUAUGUAGUCUUUUGUCCUUGGUAUGUAUUUCUGCGGUUCCAAAGCUUCGCCAACUGUUUUGUUCCCCUUUUCAAGGUCGGUUGGUGAGAGUUAAAAGUAUGAAAAAUAUCUGGAUCGGGGAUGUAAUUUCGUUUGAUCAUUGGAAGAUUUCUCAUGACGGAAUAGUAACCGCCGUCAAAAUCUACCCUGAGACGAGAAAGAAAAAAGGUUAUGUUAAGGUCAUACAUUACUCCCUCCCAACUCUAUUUGGUCGUAGAACUGUUGCUGAGGAAAGAGUUGAAAUUGAUCUGGGAAAACAUUUAAUUCUUGGCCACGAUUAUACUGGCUACAAAGUUCAUGAACCGGAAAUUGUAGUUCAUCGAGCCAAACAGAGGUUAGGUGAAACGAAAUUCGGUCUGAUGUCAAAUCGUUCCUGUCAUUUUUGCCACUGGGCGAAAGUUAACGAAGAUCUGCAUGAUGAAGAUGUUAUUGUCCCAGAAACAGACCAGACUGUGAUGCAGUAUUUGAAAGAAGUUGACCCAAAAGAUACAAUUUCUAAUUUACCAGAGCACUCACUUCAUGUUGAUCACAAGAGAGGAAGAAAACAUGCAUCAAAGGCUGUUGAAACAACAUGGGCACGAAUAAGAGACGACAUAAAACCUGGACAAAUAGUAGCGUUCAAAUACAGAGGUUUCUGGCAUAAGGCUGUCAGCACCAAAGUUCGCUUUGACAAGCAUGUCCAAUCAAAGGUAUCUGUUACUCUUGUUCACUAUGGAAGACAGAGAAAAGUCUGUGAAGAGACCUUACAAUUUAAUCUAAAUUAUCAGGAUGUAUGGAUUUACAAAUAUCACCCACUUUACCGACACAGAAAAGAUGAUGUCAUCAGACGCGCGCGAGCCAGAAUUGGAGAAGAGAGUUACAGACUGUUAUAUCAUUGGUCUUCUCAUCUUGCAAGAGAAAUUGUUGUCAAGGACAAAGAUGCAAAAGUGACGGACAUUGACGAAAUAAAGCAGGGGGAUGUGAUUACCUUCUAUUACUGGUCGUUUGAACAUGAUGCAGUCGUAACAAAGGUCACUCGAGGCGAAUCCAAAGAAAACACGAUUGGUCAGUUGAGAAUAAUUCACUACGCACUGGAUCAUCUUUUUGCAGUUAGAACCGUUAAAGAAGAAUUUAUGCCGGUGAAUUUGAAGAAAGAGCUUGUAUAUUUGAAGGGGUAUGACGGUUAUAUUACUUAUCCAACAGAAACGGUUGUAAAGCGGGCACGAUCGAGAUUAGGCGAGCAACGAUUCUCACUCAGUGGAAACACGUCAUCGGACCUUGUUCAUUGGGCGAAAGUAGUACAAACUCCAGUGGUAGUUUCGAAAUCGCAGAUGCAAGCCACCCAAGCACCUGGCACCGAAGAUGACACUUAUCUUCUUGUACCGAAUGCUGGCGAGCAGUGCGAGGAGUUUCAGUAUUUUCGCGCCACCUCAUGGUCCGACUUGUAUCCAGGUAUAAUAGUUGAAUAUCGAUACUACUGGAUUUGGCACCAAGGAAUCCUUUCCUACAAGGACGAGAAGAGAAAGAGAAUCAAGGUGAUCCACUACGGAGCAGACCAUCUGUUUGCAACACGAACCAUCAUGGAGGAAAGCAUGCAGUUAGACUUGCGUUAUGAUAACAUUUGGAUAUACAGAGGACAUCCGAGGCAAUGCUAUAAGGCGGGAAUAGUUCUAGAAAAAGCUCGAAAGCGACUCGGAGAGCAAAGAUGGGAAGCAGGAAAUAGGUCUUGGGACUUCUGUAAAGAUUGUGUUCUUAAAAAGAGGUCGAAGGAGGUGUAAGGUGUAGAAUAACUAAGAGAUCCCUGAAUACUGAAAAUAAUUAUUGGCAUUAGAAGACGUCUUCUUUCCUUUCUUAACAGAUAUGAAACGUAUUUUUUGGGAUUCUACUUUCUUCUGAUAUCUGUGAUACAAAGAAAAUUAAAAUCAUUGAUUUCUUGAUUGAUAAUCUGUGUAAGAUAUUUCGACAUGUUGCCGUUACUGUUCAUAUGCGAAGAAUAUGUGUUUGGACAGAAAAUAUGUUUGAAUAGUAUAUAUAUAUAUAUAUCAUCUUUAUAUAUUAUAUAUCAUAUUAUAUACCAUCUUUUGAUACAUUUACAAAGAUGAAUUGUAUUUAGUAUUUUUGCACUUUUCUAUCAACUGAUGUGCGGUUUAUACACUGUAAAUUAUUGUAAUAGGAAGUAUCAGGGUUCGCUUGUAUAGAUACACUUGUAUACAUACAUAUAUACACAUCGUCGCCUCAACGCAAUAAAGUCGUAACUUAUAUUAAAUUUAUAAUAAGAUACGACUUUGUUGCGUUGAGGUGACGACAUGUGCACUAGAAGAAUCUCGUACUUAACUUUCGUGUAAUCUUAUAUGAAUCUCAUAAAAUGUGUAGAUUUUUAAGUUGUAUGUAUUAACUAUAUACACAGUUUAUAGGUGAUGUCGUGAGCCAUUGUGUUCUCAUUCAAGAUAAGUUACAGUUGUGUUUUUACUGUGAUGAUUGUGAAGUUUUGACUUGAUGCAAGAUUUAAUGUAAUGUAUUGCGCCAGUUUGUCCUCAUUCCGCAUGAAUUACUAUUGUUGUUUCUUACUAUAGUCACUGUGAAGAUUUAACUUGAUAUAUAUAUAUCGCUAUUUCUUACUAUAAUGAUUGCGAAGUGUUAGAUUAUUGUAGUGUUCUUAUAUAGUGCACCAACAUUUCCGCAUUCGGAAUAAAUUAUGUUUGGUAGUGAGCCACUUA